GUUGAGUGUAGACGUGGCAUUUAAAACGAUUAUUGUAUUAAAUAAUUGGUAUGCACGUAUGUUUAUUCAGUUUUGGGUAAGGGCAAAGUAGGAAAUUUGAAAAAAUUAAAGGGCAAUUGAGAUUGGGGAAAGAAUUUGAGGGUUUUUAUUAUUAGGGUUCGCGUGAGAGGCCAAAAAUCGCGAUCGUAAGUUCGAGCUGAAGCGGCAGAGUGCAUGCAGUGGGCGGUGUCUGUGGGUCCUUUUGUUGUUGGAAGCAAGAAGCUGAAGCACGUGGUCAGUGGAGGUUCAUCUAAAGGAAGGUCUGUAGAUAUAUUUAUGUUGUGUUGUGCGUAAUGGAGGACGCUAUUGUGUGUGUGUUCCACCAUGGAGGAAAGUUCAUUAAUGAUAGUACCCUAAAGUAUGAAGGGGAGACAACAACUUUGUCCUUUGACCCUGACACGUGGAGUUUUUUUGUGGUUGUCAGUGUAGUCAAAAGUUUAGGAUAUGAGAAUUUGAAAGAUUUAUGGUACUGUUUAGGAGGGGGUUUAGUGUUGGAAAAUAGGUUGGAACAAUUGAUUGAUGACAGAGGUGCCAUGCAUAUGGCUAACUUAGCUAGGCUUAAUGGUGAAGUUCACUUAUACGUUGUCCAUGUAGUUUCUAAUCCCGAAGUCAUUCAUAUGCUUGAAGACAUUACUAAUGAUGAAGGAGAAGUUGAAGGUAAUGGUACAGUACAAAAAGAGGUUGAAGAAGAUGGUGAUUCUGUUAAAGUAAAUGGUGAAGGUGAUGGUGACUUACAAGAGGUGAAUGUUUGUGAAGAAGAUGGUGAGGGUGUUGAAGUAAAUGGUGUAGUUGAUGGUGACUUACAAGAGGUCAAUGUUUGUGAAGAAGAUGGUGACGGUGUUGAAGUAAAUGAUGUAGUUGAUGGUGACUUACAAGAGGUGAACGAGGGUGAAGAAGAUGGUGGUGCUGUUGAAGUAGAGGUUGAAGGUCAUGGUCACGUACAAGAGUUGCAUGAGGUUGAAGAAGAGCAAGAGUUGAAUGUGUGUGAAGGAGUCGUGGAGGAUGAAGUUUAUCUUUGUAGUUGGAGUACAUCUACUGAAGAAGGUGAUGUACAUAGAAUUAAUGAGUGCUUAGAGGGCCUAGUAGAUGUGAGUGUUGAAUGUGAUAUAGAUGGUGAUGUAGAUUGUAAUGUCGAAGUAGAAGUAGAAGUAGAAAGUCUUUAUGAUAGUGAUGAUGACCGUGAUAAUGUCAGUGUUGAAUGCCGACGAGUAUGCCGCGGUUAG